CUCGCGGGAAUCUCCUCUCGUGUUCCCUUUUCUCCUAGGGUUCUCUCUUCUCGGCGAUUUCAAUUGGAAUCGAGCUUCUUUAUUAGAGAUCUAACAAGCAAGCAGGUGGGUACUUUGAUUCCAGUUAGCAAUGGAGAAAUCUAUUCUCCCUGUGGUAACAAGUAAUCGAACUGAAAAGCAGACAUUUGGAAAGGAAUAUUUGGAAAACCUUCUGAAACAACAUUUUGGGCAUUCUGAGUUUCGAGGAAAGCAAUUGGAGGCCAUUGAAGCCGUUCUGAAUGGAAAAGAUUGUUUUUGUCUUAUGCCUACUGGAGGAGGAAAAUCAAUGUGCUAUCAGAUUCCUGCAUUAGCAAAGCCUGGAAUUGUUCUUGUGGUCUCCCCCUUGAUUGCAUUGAUGGAAAAUCAAGUGAAAAUGCUAAAAGAGAGAGGGAUUUGUGCAGAUUUUCUUUCAUCAACACAGCUUCCCCAUAUUAAAGAGAAGAUCCAUGAAGACCUGAAUCGUGGUAGACCAUCCACCAGGUUAUUGUAUGUGACUCCAGAGUUGGUUGCAACAUCUGGAUUUAAAGCAAAACUCACCAUGCUUCAUAAGAGAGGCCUUCUUAAUUUAUUUGCUAUUGAUGAGGCUCAUUGCAUAUCGACUUGGGGGCAUGAUUUCAGAUCUAGCUACCGGAAAUUAUCCUCACUGAGAAAUCACUAUUCAGAUGUUCCCAUAUUAGCGUUGACAGCUACAGCUGUUCCAAAGGUUGAGAAGGAUGUCAUACAGUCACUGUGCUUGCAGCAGCCAUUAAUUCUCAGGACUUCCUUCAAUCGACCAAAUAUAUAUUAUGAAGUUCGGUACAAAGAUCUCCUAAAAGAUGUUUACACUGAUUUGUCCAAUCUACUCAAGUCACUUGGAGGAGUUUGUGCCAUUGUGUAUUGUCUUGAACGUUCUACUUGUGAUGUUUUGUCUAAUCAUCUUCUCAAGGCUGGUAUUUCUUCAGCUGCUUAUCAUGCAGGGUUGAAUAGUAAGUUGCGCACCGCAGUUUUAGAUGAUUGGCUUUCUUCAAGGAUACAAGUUGUUGUGGCAACAAUAGCUUUUGGGAUGGGCAUAGAUAGAAAAGAUGUUCGAUUUGUUUGCCAUAUGAAUAUCCCAAAAUCAAUGGAAGGCUUCUAUCAAGAAUCUGGAAGAGCUGGUCGUGAUCUGUUGCCUUCAAGGAGUUUGUUGUAUUAUGGAUUGGAUGAUCGCAAAAAAAUGGAAUUCAUUUUGCGCAAUGCUGGUGGUAAAAAGUCACAAGCAUCAUCUUCCUCAGAUGAUUUGCUGAAAAAGUCUCUUGCUGACUUCAGUCAGAUGGUGGAGUAUUGUGCAAGUCCUGGCUGUCGGAGGAAAAAGAUACUCCAGAGUUUUGGAGAACAGGUGUCAACAUCAUUUUGUCAAAAAUCAUGUGAUGCAUGCAAACAUCCAAAUCAAGUAUCUCAACGCUUGGAAGAACUUGGUCGUAUUCAAAACAUUUCUAGGAGGGGAGGACCCUCUCCUAUAUUUAUGAGUUUAUCAAGCACCAAUUUAGAACGCCAUGACUCAGAAUUUUGGAAUAGAGAUGAUGAGGCAAGUUUAUCUGAUGAAGAUAUAUCAGCUUCUGAUGAUGAAGUGGAGCUGCAAAGCGGUUUGUCCAGAUCAAAACUGUCAUCAAAAGUCGGAUUGGAUGAAAAGAUUGAAAUUUUGCAGCGUGCCGAAGAACUUUAUUAUCGAAAUGGGGAUACAAACAAACAGAAAAGUGGUUUCUCCGACAAAAAUGCUGUAUCUGAAGCAUUGAGAGAAGCGAGCAAGAUGAGAUUGCUGACCGCUUUGGAACAGGCUCGUCAACGAUUUGUAAAUCUAUUGCUUGAUCCUGAGGUCUCUGCUAGCUUCCUUGAGAUGGAAUGCUUCAAAAGAUAUGGGAAAGUUGGCAAAACAUUUUAUAACUCACAGAUGGCUGCAACAAUCAGAUGGCUUUCUUCUGCGACUCAAGAACAGAUAAGCCACCGGCUUAUCGCCAAUUCUUCAUUAGCGGACAAUCAGAGUGAACCAAACUCUUCUCGUAGUUCUUCAUCGCGUCUUGUUGAUCAAGAGCAAAUGCUGCCAGAAACCACAAACGAAAAGACAGAAUCAACUGCACAAGUUCAACUUUCUUGUCAAUUACCGCAACUGAUGAAAAUAUCAAAAGAAAAGGUAGAGCUUCCUCCAAUACCAUCUUUUGCCGAAUUUGCUAAUAAGAAGAGGAAAGAGACUGAAGGAGACUUAUCAUCAUCCAAAGCUCACACUUCUGGAACUCGACAAAAUCCAGUGAAGAAGACAAGGCAGCAAUAAGAAUGUUGCCGGCAUUGCUCUUUUCGAUCAUCGUCUAGACUUAAUCAUGCCAAUUUUGUUCUUUUUAAAAGGCAUGUGGUUUAUAAUUCUUUUGUCCUGUGAGCUCCUUCAGCAUUAACUCUAGUUUAUUAAUCUUGUUUGUGCUUGAGAAAUCAGUUAUUCUUGUUUAUGAUGUAUGAUUUAAUAGUCAAACAUGGUAACCAAAUUUAACAGUGGAAA